UACAGGCAGCGGUUCAUUUCGUGCGUCUAGUGCGGAGUGUUUCGCCGGGAGGGAAGAAACGUGUGUUCAGUUCAUUUCUGCAGGCUUCUCUUGAUGUAAUUAGCUGAAACACUGCUGGAUUAACAAUACAAAAUAGUUUUUGUCGAUACUUGGGGUUGCACUUAAAAGUGGUGUGGCAAAACGCUGACUUGUUGUCACCUGGCUGCAGCAGCUGACUUUACUAGUGUCUCCAGGAGAGGAGUCGCUCGACAGAUAGCCAAGGAAAAACAGGCAGAUGCUAACAAUUAGUUAGCAGCUCUUAGCGAGUUAGCCUGCCAGCUAGCCAGCUCUCCAUACUGCCACAGCAAGUCCCACCCUCCCCAAGUGCGUGGACGUCGUAAGAGGCUGCAGCGGUGAAGUCGGCUGCUUUUUCCUGUCAACUUAGCCAGCAUCGCUGUGCAGCUGGCUGGCGAGCUAAACUACCCCCAAAAGGUUAGCUCAGCGACACACUCGUUACAUUUAUUGGCUUUAACGUUGGACCGGGGUUUUCUGUGGAGGUAUACGGUCGCUACACUGGCAAAGAGACUGGCUAAAAAGAAGAGACGAAAUAAGAGAGAACAAGGAAGACACCAAGAAGGAGGGGACUGGCUAGUUUAGCCGGGGAGACAGAUUCUCACAUAGAUAGAAUACACCGCCACUGAGCCACACACAGCCAUGAGUAUUGAGAUACCAGUGGGGUUGACAGAACUGCUGCAAGGGUACACUGUGGAGGUGCUGCGACAAAGGCCGUCAGACCUGGUGGAUUUUGCAGUACAGUACUUCACCCGUUUGCGGGACACCAGAAGCCAAGAUGGGGCCGGUGCUGGUGGCAAGAUGGGGAAAGGAGUGAUGUUUGAUGGAGAGCCCAUGCAAACAGAGUCCAACGGGGAUGAUGACGACGAUGACGAGGAUUCUGACUUUGAGCCUCCACCACCCAGCAGAUUCAACAGGAGAGUGUCAGUGUGUGCGGAGGCGUUCAACCCAGACGAGGAAGAGGAGGACACGGAGCCCAGGGUGGUGCAUCCGAAAACAGACGAACAGCGCUGCAGACUGCAGGAGUCCUGCCGAGACAUCCUACUGUUCAAAACACUAGACCAGGAGCAGUUCUCGGAGGUGCUGGACGCCAUGUUUGAGCUACGGGUUCAGCCCCAGGACCACGUUAUCGACCAGGGAGAUGAUGGAGACAACUUCUACGUCAUAGAGAGGGGGCUGUAUGACAUUGUGGUAAUGGGAUCAACGGUGGGACAGUAUAACAAUAAGGGCAGCUUCGGGGAGUUGGCACUCAUGUACAACACGCCACGUGCCGCCACGAUCGUCGCCACCCAGGAAGGGGCACUAUGGGGACUGGACCGCGCCACAUUUCGUAGACUCAUUCUGAAGAACAACGCCAAAAAGAGGAAGAUGUACGAGACCUUCAUCGAGUCCGUGCCCUUACUCAAAUCACUGGAGGCAACAGAGAGGAUGAAGAUCGUUGAUGUAUUAGGAUCGAGGCAGUUCCACGACGGCGAGCGCAUCAUCACACAGGGAGACAAGGCCGACUGCUUCUAUAUUGUAGAAUCUGGAGAGGUCAAGAUCAUGAUGAAGAGUAAAACGAAGGCCGACCAUGCAGACAAUGCGGAGGUGGAGCUAACGCGCUGUAGCAGGGGUCACUACUUUGGGGAGCUGGCCUUGGUCACCAACAAGCCCCGGGCCGCCUCUGUCUACGCAGACGGCCCCGUCAAGUGUGUGGUAAUAGACAUACAGGCGUUUGAGCGCCUCCUGGGGUCCUGUAAGGAGAUCAUGAAGAGGAACAUCACCCACUAUGAGGAGCAGCUGGUGGCCCUGUUCGGCUCCAGCAUGGACCUGAGAGACUGAGCCUCCCACACCACCCUCCGUGCCUUCUAUUACACACACACACACACUCCAGCACACGUUUAAAAACACAUCAUCAUGCUUCAUACGUGCAGGCGUCGCAUUCACGUGAGCACUUAAACAACUCAAGGUUGUUCCAACAAGCCUCAGAAAAGGCCACAUUAUAAUACACACACACACACACACACACACACACACACACACACACACACACACACAGGGGUACAGAUACACAUAGGCAACCACACUUGCAAAAACGGACACAUUGUGGUAAAAUGGAGACGAAAAACUUUUAAAAUCUCUGAAAAGGAAAAUUAAUCAAAAAUGCAAAAAAAAGAGAAGGAAAGUUUAAAGAUGACAGAUAAGUUUUAGAAACGUUUUAUGAUGAUAAAAAAACAGAAGCUUUGAUAAAAUAUUAUUUAAAUAAAAAAAGUGUUUCCUCUUUGGGAGGCCGGGGUGCAGAACUUUGUGAGCGCACUCCAUUUCUUCCUCUACUGUUGUUGAUUGAGUUGAGUUAGUGAUGGUGAUUCUUGCAGUACCACAGAAGAAGCAGUGAAAACAAUAAAACCCUACGUUUUCUGGGCCAUUGUUAUUCUAUCAUUGACACAACACUUCAUUGUAUUGAAUUAAUUAUUAAUGUAUUGUUAUUAUAUAUUCAUUUAUUAUUAUUUUUUGUUUUACUUUGACCAAUUAUGAUAAAAUUCACCAUCCAUCUCUGACAAAAUGUAAAAACGGAAAAAAUUCUAAUAAAAACAUUAGUGCUUAUUUCUCCUUGAUUAUCCUUGAAUGAGUUGUCCUGGAUAAAAAAAUGAAAAAAAUAAAGCAAACAUUUUGUUAAAA